GAAGCAUUGACCGCCGUCAGGUCGUCUGGUUUUUAUCAAGUGCAAAAUAAGUAGUUUUUGCAUUUUUCAUUUCGUGCGUGAUGUUAAUGUGAAGAUUAUUACCAGUUAUUACCUGUUCUAUACUUAAUAUCUAAUUCUUACCAAGAAAAAAGUUAUUCAAACAAAAAUGUCAAAACGUAAAGCUUUUGGUGAUAACUCUCCCGCCGCUUCAGAUGAUGAUUCGGAUUUUGAUGAUGAUGAAGACCCAGAUAAUUUGGAAGUGCCAGGUGGAGGGAAAACAUUGGCGGCGGCGGCUCGAUUUGGCGACAAAACGAAGAACCCUCAGACCUCAGUACCGGUCAUGGUCAAAGCUACCACCAACCCAUUAGCGGCGCCCUCUGGUUUAGCUUUCGGCCAAAUGUCAAACGUAAAGCCGAUCAAAAUAUCUGCCAGCUCACUCACGAAGCCCAUCAAUUUGGGCUUAGGCAGAGGAGGGGCGCUAAACGGUGGCUUGUCGGUAGUGGCGGCGCCGGUGGCGUCGUUCGCGGCGGGCACCUCCGCCUACAACGCCGCCUCGCUACUCGCUCAGAUGGAAAUGGUCGGCGUGCAGGGUAUGAACUCCUACCUCCUGCAGAAUCUGAACCAGAUCCUAGCAUCAGGAAUGGGAGGGCCACUCGCUGGUAUGCUGGGACAGUUCGCUCAGCUGCCAAACUGGGGACAGAUGAAAGGAAUGUGGCCAACUGAUAAGAUGCCGGGAGAAGAGGAGGAAGUUGACGACGAAGAAAUGGGCGUCGCCGAGACGUACGCCGACUACAUGCCCACAAAACUAAAGCUGGGCCGGAAGCACCCGGACCCGGUGGUGGAGACGGCGUCGCUGUCAUCGGUGGAGCCGGUGGACGUGACGUACAGCGUGAGCCUGCCCGACGACACGGUGCGCAACGGGCUGCUGUCGGCGCUGCAGCUGGAGGCCGUGGUGUACGCGUCGCAGGCGCACGAGCACCUGCUGCCGGACGGCACGCGCGCCGGCUUCCUGGUGGGCGACGGCGCCGGCGUGGGCAAGGGCCGCACCAUCGCCGGCAUCAUCUUCGAGAACUACCUCAAGGGCCGCAAGCGCGCCGUGUGGGUGUCCGUGUCCAACGACCUCAAGUACGACGCCGAGCGCGACCUGCGCGACGUGGGCGCCGCCAAGAUCGACGUGCACUCGCUCAACAAGUUCAAAUAUGCCAAGAUAUCGUCGGCGAUAAACGGAAACGUGAAGAAGGGUGUGGUGUUUAGUACGUACUCCGCCCUUAUCGGGGAGACGCAGGCCAACACUAAAUAUCGCACGAGACUCAAGCAGCUGCUGCAGUGGUGUGGGGAGGACUUUGACGGAGUCAUCGUUUUUGACGAAUGUCACAAAGCCAAAAACCUGUGCCCCGUGGGGUCCGGCAAAGCCACAAAGACCGGUCUCACGGCUUUGGAGCUCCAGAACAAGUUGCCGAAAGCCCGCGUGGUGUACGCGUCGGCCACAGGCGCUUCCGAACCCCGCAAUAUGGCCUACAUGGUGCGUCUCGGGAUUUGGGGGGAGGGGACUCCGUUCCCGACUUUCAUGGACUUCAUUAAUGCCGUCGAGAAACGGGGUGUAGGUGCGAUGGAGAUAGUCGCCAUGGACAUGAAGUUACGAGGAAUGUACAUCGCGAGGCAGCUAUCUUUCCACGGAGUUACAUUCAAGAUAGAGGAAGUGCCGCUUUCUGAAUCCUUCAGAGAAGUUUACGACAAAGCCGUGGCACUGUGGGUGGAGGCGAUGCAGCGAUUUACGGAGGCUGCCGAACUAAUAGACGCGGAGCCCCGCAUGAAGAAGACUAUGUGGGGACAGUUCUGGUCCGCGCACCAAAGGUUUUUCAAGUAUCUCUGCAUCGCUGCAAAGGUGAACCAGGCGGUGGUGACCGCUCGCGAGGCGGUGAAGUGUGGCAAGUGCGUAGUGAUCGGUCUGCAGAGCACGGGCGAGGCGCGCACUCUGGACCAGCUCGAACGCGACGACGGAGAGCUCAGCGACUUCGUCUCCACUGCCAAAGGUGUAUUCCAAACAUUAGUAGAAAAGCAUUUCCCGGCCCCAGACAGGGAGAGGAUCAACCGUCUCCUGGGACUGGAGGCCAAGGGGAAACCCCCGGCUCCCGUGCCUACUUUUAAUGGAAAGAACGGAAUGGAAGAUGCUAAUUCAUCCAAGAGAAAAUUGACUGCACGACAGCAGGCCAACGCGGCGAAGCGGCCGCGCGCCGGCUCCUCCGACGACGAGUUCAUGCGCUCCGACGACGAGGCGGAGGCGGAGGCCGAGCGCGACUCCGAGGACGAACGCCGCGCCUCCGACUCGGAUCUCAGCGACUUUAACCCCUUCCGCGCCGGCAGUGACAGCGAUGAUGAACCGUGGCUGGGUCGCAAAAAGAAGGCCGCGAAAAAGAAAAAAUCUCGAGUAAAGAAGAAGGCGGCGAGCACGCAGGACAAGAUCGAGACCAUGUUCGAGCGGAAGAGCCAGCCCGCCGCGCCGAGAGCCGCGCCGGCCGGCACACCCGUCGGCACCAACGGCCUCUAUCUGGGUCCUACGCGCACGCAGCCGCCGGCGCGCUCCGCCAUCGAGCGCGCGUGCAGCAUGAAGGAGCAGCUGCUGCUGGCCAUCGAGCGCCUCGGCCGCCGCCUGCCGCCCAACACGCUCGACCAGCUGGUGGACGAACUCGGCGGCACCGACAACGUCGCCGAAAUGACAGGUCGCAAAGGUCGCGUGGUUCAAACAGAAGACGGUCAGAUCCUUUACGAAAGUCGGUCAGAGGCAGAUGUGCCUCUCGAAACUUUGAACCUCACGGAGAAGCAAAGGUUUAUGGAUGGUGAGAAAGAUGUGGCGAUCAUAUCUGAAGCGGCAUCCAGUGGUAUCUCGUUGCAAAGUGAUCGAAGAGCGCGAAAUCAAAGGCGGAGAGUUCACAUAACUUUGGAACUACCUUGGUCCGCAGACCGAGCCAUACAACAAUUUGGACGCACACAUCGGUCGAAUCAGGUGAACGCGCCGGAGUACAUCUUCCUCAUCUCAGACCUGGCGGGUGAACGGCGGUUCGCGUCCACGGUGGCGAAGCGCCUGGAGUCGCUCGGAGCGCUCACACACGGAGACCGCCGCGCCACAGAAAUGCGUGACCUCAGCCAGUUCAACAUCGACAACAAAUACGGUCGCACGGCACUGGAGGCGGUGAUGAAAGCGAUAAUGAAGUAUGAGACGCCGCUGGUACCGCCGCCACGCGACUACGCCGGGGACUUCUUCCAAGACGUGGCGUCCGCGCUCGUCGGUGUCGGGCUCAUCGUCAACACGGAGAACGCGCCAGGAGUGCUCUCCUUGGAUAAGGAUUACAACAAUAUGUCUAAGUUCCUAAACAGAAUACUCGGCAUGCCUGUAGAACUGCAGAAUAGACUUUUCAAAUACUUUACGGACACGCUCACCGCUGUCAUGGAGCAGGCGAAACGCAGCGGCCGCUUCGACCUCGGCAUCCUGGACCUGGGCGGCGCCGGCGACAGCGUGCGGCGCGUGCGCUGCGUGCGCUUCCUGCGCCGACACGCCACGGGGCAGGCGCCCGUCGAGCUGCACACCGUGCACUCGGAGCGCGGCAUGGAGUGGUCGGACGCGCUGGACAAGUGGUCGCAGACGGAGGCGCUGGGCGAGGCGACGGAGGGCGACGGCUUCUACGUGUCGGCGGCGGCGCGCGGCGGCAAGCUGUCGGCCGUGCUGUGCCUGGCGCAGCGCGCGCGCCGCGAGCGGGAGCGCGAGCGCGCCAAGGAGCGCAUGUUCCAGGUCUACCGGCCUAACACGGGACUGCAGCUGAAACUCGAGUCUCUGGCCGAGAUUGAGAAGAAAUAUCGUCGUGCGAAUUUAACCGAAGCGGAGACGGCGUGGCGCGCGCAGCACUCUGCCUCGCUGCGCGUGUGUGCGCAUGCGUACUGGCGCAACGCGUGCAGGAACGCAGACCACUGCGAGGUGGGCCUGCGCUUGCGCACGUAUCACGUGCUGGCGGGCUCGGUGCUGGCGGUGUGGGCGCGGGUGGAGGCGGCACUGGCGGCGCGUUCGGCCGCCAAGAUGCAGGUCGUGCGUAUCAAGACUGACGACGGACUGAAGAUCGUUGGUACGCUUAUUCCAAAGAAUUGCGUAGAGACGUUAAAAGAAACGCUUUCGUCGGACGCGGUGUCUGUCACGGAGCAGACUUUCGAGCAAGCUGACGCCCUGAAGUGAACGCUACGGCGCACGACACUAACUAAAAUAGCGUAACGCGACCCCUACAGUUCCUCUAUCUUUUUAUUUUAUACCGGCGCCGCACAGAUCAAAUAUUCGUUUGAAUGUAUAGAAUCUUUUUAUGAAACUUUGGUCUGUAAGUAACAAAAGCGAAAGAAGUAUACGCAAGCCUUCGUAAAUAUUGAAAAACAACUGGCAGCCUGUGACUUCUUUGAACGAGGACAUGCACGAAAGUCGUCUGGGUCACAGACCCAGACGACUUUGGUACAUGAUGGGCUGUUGCGUGAAACCUUGCCAAAAAUGUGUAUGGAUUUGAAUAUUCGGAGAGGAGGAGGCCUUAUACGUCUGAGACGAUCAAAAUUGGGUCUCGAAUGUAGUCAAUUACGGGCGAUACGAUGUGGUACGACUGAUUUUUCUCAUAGUUUCUCCUUUCUGAUUGCUUUAGUUUAUCCAAUAAUUAUACGUAAUAGUUAAACGUGCAUAUUAAGAAAGUUCUGCUUCUAAUAUACCGGCUUUAGAUUCUCUACAGGGUAUAAGACUGUUCUCUUUGUUUUUUUUUGCCUGUAUGUAGAUAAUAAAAAAAUAAUCUUUCUUAAUUUGCGCGAAUAAAUCAAUUUCAAUUUCGUUUCUAAGAUUUUAGAUGUAUCUAGAUCGGAGGUCUUCUGUAAGAUUGUGAUAGUUAGAGAGUGAGUUUAUCGAAUGAAUAAUGGUUCCUUAGUGAUGCGAAUAUAUGCAUAUGUGCAUAUACCGGUUUUAGUAUAUUUUUUAUUUAUGACAUGGUACCAAUGGAUCCAAUAUUUUCGAUUUCAACUUCGCCUAAUAUUAUUUAUUAGUAAGUUGUUGUAUACGAAGAAAUAAUUGUUGUUUUGUACAAAUGUAGCGUUAUAAUUUAUAUCAAUGUCGUAAUGUAUUAGGUUUUUAUUCGAAUAAUUAUUUAUCUAUCAGUUAGUAAUAAAACUGGACGUAAAUAUGUCGAUGUCAUCAAUAUAAUUUUAACCUUAAAAGUUACAAUUCUCAAAUUUCUAUCUCUGCAUUGUCUUAUGGUAUUGAAACAUAAGGCGCGUCGGAUGCGACUAAUCGCUCUUUAUAUCGAUUUAUUCUAAUAAAUUAAUGUUAACUUGAAAAAAUUAUGUUAUCUUCAAUAAUAGUAUUACAAUUUGCAUUAAAAUAAGAUGUUUUCGAUAAGAAAUAGGAUAAUGGUACACCUACACGUAUUUUCGUCGAUAUGAUUGUAAUCGUGCAAUUUAUAAGUUUGAUGUUUAUUCACUAAAAAUUAUAUACGAAUUAUUCGGACCUAGUCUAUUUACUCGAAAAUUAUUAAAGUAAUUGGUUAUAAAUGUUAGUUUAAAUUAAAACAGGGCUUCAUAAUUGUUUUAUAUUACGAUUAUUAAUUUGACUGUUUUUAUCAUAAAAAAAUAGCCACGAAUAUUUACUUACCUGACUUCAUUAGACAUUUGUGAAAUCCUGAUUUAAAUUAUUACUUAAAAAAUAUUCAGUUGUUUAAAUGUCAGUGUGAGCAGUCUUUAUAGAAUAGAAUAGAAGUGAAGACAAAUUAUAGUUUUAACGUAAUACUAAUUUAGAUUGUUUCGUGUAUUAAUGAUUACAUUAUUUUAGUGCUGGAUGUAACAAGAUGUCGAAGAUUGUACACCCAUGUUGAACCCAUCUUACGUGUUUGUGUAAAAAGACAAAUAUAUGUAUAUAAUUAUAA